UCACGCUCCCACAAUGCUUACCGCCCCAUAACUCGGCUGCAGCCUGCGCAGAGCCACACGCACGCUCAGGCCUCGGAUUUCGAAAAAUUACAGAAAAAAAUCGGGAAAAUUAAGAAAAGCGCAGAAGACGCGGAAGAAAAGCGUCCGGCGGCGGCGUGCGCUCAGCCGCGGCGGGAUCGGGGUUCGGGUCCGGGAUGAAGCUCACCGGGACUGCAUGUGGAUCUGACUAAUGCGCUGCUGCUGCUGCUGGAAAGUUUUCGAACCGUAAGGAUGCAGAGCGGAAUUUCUCACUCCCCUCCAGCCACCGCCAUCGGGACCGGGUGAGGAGGAGAGACCCAGAAAAAAUUUCGGAUCAACUGGCUGUUUCCUCUGGAUUGCCGGUCUUUCCUGUGAGUGUCCGUCUCCCGCCGCCGCCGCAGCGAGUCCCGUCCGGACCUUCCCGCAUUGUGCCUGCAGGGCCGGGGAGCCACGAGUGCAUGUUCAUGGCAGCGGCACUCUAGGGCUGCCAUGGCAGCUGCUGCCGCCGAUGCCUCACACCACAUCACCGCACUGACGCCGGAGGAAGAGGGACGCCGCACCGCCGCCAAGCUGUUCGGGAGCGCCGCCCCGCUGCCACGGACGGAGAGAGAGCGAGAGAGGGGGAAAGAGAGAGGGAGGGAAGAGGAGGAGGUGGGAAGAGCAAAAGGAAACGAGUGUCUGGUUUGCGGGGCCUUGUUCACUUCCCAGGAGAAGCUCCGCCUCCACGGCCUGAGCCACACGGGAGAGAAGCCCUUCCACUGCUCGCAGCCACACUGUCCCAAGGCCUUCAGCUCCAAGUACAAACUCUUCAGGCAUAUGGCCACACACUCUCCACAGAAGACCCAUCAGUGUUCGUUCUGUGAGAAGAUGUUCCACCGCAAAGACCACCUGAAGAACCACCUGCAGACCCAUGACCCCAACAAGGAGGCCUUCAAGUGUGACGAGUGCGGAAAGCACUACAACACCAAGCUGGGAUACAAGCGCCACGUGGCCAUGCACUCGGCGACCGCGGGUGACCUGACCUGCAAAGUGUGCAUGCAGAGCUACGAGAGCACCCCCGUUCUCCUGGAGCACCUCAAGAGCCACUCGGGGAAGUCUUCGGGAGGCGCCAAGGAGAAGAAGCAUCCAUGCGACCACUGUGACAGACGUUUCUACACGCGGAAGGACGUGAGGCGUCACAUGGUGGUCCACACGGGCCGCAAGGACUUCUUGUGCCAGUACUGUGCCCAGCGCUUCGGCAGGAAAGACCACCUGACGCGUCACGUGAAGAAGAGCCACUCUCAGGAGCUGCUGAAGAUCAAGACGGAACCUCCGGACAUGCUGGGCCUCCUCGCGUCAGGCUCUCCGCCGUGCUCUGUGAAGGAGGAGCUCAGCCCCAUGAUGUGCGGCAUGGCGCCCAACAAAGACCCCAUGAUGGGCAAGUCGUUCCCGAGCGGGGCAUCUUUCCCCAUGAGCAUGUACAACCCCCACCAUUUGCAGGCCAUGUCUAACCCUGGGGUGGGUCAUCCACACCCGUCCCUGAUGCCCAACUCCCUGUCUGCAGCUAUGGGCAUGGGCUGCCCCAUGGAGUCCCCCGCAUCGAUCCACCCACACUCCCACCACCACCACCAUCACCACCACCACCACCACCAUCACCAUUCCCCUCCUAUUCCCCCUCACCAUCAGCCUGCGGCCCCCCAGCAGCAGCACCAGCCCCAGCCAGCACCCAAAUACCAGCUGGGAUCUACCUCAUACCUGCUGGACAAGCCCUUGAAAGUGGAGAUGGAGAGCUUCCUCAUGGAUUUGCAGAGCGGUCUACCUGGCCCGGUCCCCUCUGCAGAGCCUCACGCCGCUGCCUCACCCCCCAAGGACGGACUGGAGCCUACCUCGGGCCUGGCGGACGAGCUUUGCGGGGAUCCCCUCCUGUCCAAGAGCCCUGCGGUGAUCGCUGAGUCUCUGUGUGCUGCUAACAUGGACUUCUCCCACCUGCUGGGUUUUCUGCCCCUCAACCUGCCUCCGUACAGCGCCCCCAUGAGCACCGGAGGCCUGGUGAUGGGCUACACCUCAUCUGCGACUUCCUCCACAUCCUCCUCCUCAUCUCUGCACGCUGCCGAGCCUCAGGCCGCAGCAGUCGCCUCGGCAGCGGCCGCCGUCAGCGCGGCGCCUCUUACCUCUUUGCAACCACAACCUCAGGAGCAGCAGAGCUCCAGCGGGGGGCUAGGCCUGGGACACCUGCACCCCCUCCCACCAGUGUUUAGCUCCAGCCUCAGUACCACCACACUGCCUCGCUUCCACCAAGCCUUCCAGUGAGAAAGAAGGCCUCCCCGUUUGCCCAAGCUCAGCUGGGACGGGUGGUCCCUCGCCGGGCCCGAUCAAGCUGCGGGACAACCGGAGAAAAGAGACGAACAUUCACUUAGAAGCCUUAAAUGAAAGUGCGCACAAAAGCUUUUGAUUGAGCCUUAAAAGGACGUUGAACCCCUUUGAGCAAAAAAAGAAAAAAGGUGAGAAAAGAAGUUGAAGCAGCUUUUAUUUGGGCUUUUUUUUGUUUAUUCCUUAUCCUAUAGAUAUAACGACGUAUUAACCCCAUUUCUUUAUUUCCGUUUACUCCUGCUUUUAUCUCCCUUCCAUCCCCUAUUUAGUAUUAUAGAGGGCAGCAUCAGUAGGCCAAAAGGCGUGGUACUGCAUACUUUCUAAAGUAAUAAUAUAAAGAAAUUUAGUGAAGAUUAUCUGUUUUGUUGUGACCCAGGAAGCAUAUAGUUUGAAGUGGAGAUUUUGUUUAAUUUUAUUUUAUUUUUUUGCAAAUGUAAAAAACACAAAAACAAAAAUAUGGUAGAAUGUGUUUGAACCAUCUGUGCUGAAAACCUGAUUAUUAUGAAGAGGAGAAAGAUCGGUUAAGCUAUGAAAAAGAUGGCCGAGCUACUGCCACGAAAAAAAACAAAAACUGAUCGAUCGCCGUCUUCAUGAAAGUGCUCUUCGAACAAGAAAAAAAGCUGAUCUGCUCCUAGAGUCGGCUCAGUUUGAUCCUUUCCAAAAAUCCGGGCUCAACGUAAGAAAACAGCCAAACAUUUGUGUGAAAGCUUCACGCUAACUGUUCCUCAUUAGAAGCACUUUUUUUUUUUUGGGUUUGGCAGAAGGCACUUGCCCUUUGCUCUCCUCGUACCUCCGGAGGUUUCCUACCUGGCGGUGGGAGACUCCUCAUAAGGGCUCUCCCUCCUCCUCCCCUCAAAAGUUCUCACGACCUGGAGCUGUUUGUGCCGACUCCACCGCCGUUUGGAAUGGAAACGCUUCUGCAGGCAGUCUUUGAAAAAGAUGCAUCAUCAUGGCAAUGAUGGACCCCGAAAUAUGUGAAUGGCUGGAAAAUAAAAAAAGAGCAAAGAAUCGCAGAAAAGUAUAAAAUAAUGUUAUUGCAGUGUACGAAAUAUCUCGAAAAAUUAUUAUAAUUGCUUAUCUCAGUAAGGUGUACUUUUUUGGUAGACGUAUUAAAACUAAGUAAUGUUUUUGAUGUCUGGCAGGUUUACAUUUGUGUAUAUCUUGCAUUGUUUGAUCAACAACAGGAUGAAGUAUUAGCUUUUUUUCCCUUAAGCUUUUCACCCGAUCUCUACGUGAGUUUAGUCCUAGCGGAGUCAGAACUGUGGAUGGAAGUAUUUUAGUGGAUCGGUUGUCAGUUAGGUUUGAGCAGAAUAGAUUGUUUUGUUCCGAUGCUCUUCAUCCCAAAGGUAAUACAUACAACCAUGUUGAAUUUCUGGUUUAUUUCAACCUCCCGUUGGACAGAAGGAGCUCAAAACGCCUUUCUGACAAGAUUUGAUGGGUCUCCAUGCUGUUGCAAUGAGAAGUUUACCUUCAAACUCCAAAUGUUCCACAUGAUUGACAGUGAAGCUAAGGAAAUUCCUCAUUUUGCAGCCAUGUUUGUUGUUUUUGUUACAGAGAAACCUUUAGUUUCACAACAUUACAAGCACUCCAUUUCUUCUAGUCAUCGACAAACUUCACAAAUUAUUUCCUCCUUUAAUAUUAUUGUCACUUAGUUAAUCAAACACCUCAAAGGCUAAAUAUGAUUCAAUUAUUUUACACUUGGAAAAAAAAUCAUGACUGCUAUAAACUGCUGUUUUCAGUUGAUACCUGCAGAGGGGGCUGUGACCCCUGAGUGUAAUCCUUGUUGAAACUCUUAAUUAGCUUAACUUUGCAAUCCAAAUUAACGUAACUCUGUCAAAUUCUGAGAGAAGUAGCUUUUUGCCUAUUUUUAUAAACACUUUGCAAUAUUGAAGUGUUAACGAAAAUAACAUAAACCUGCUGUUUUUGAUGCGGAGAAAAGCAGUUUUGCGUUAUUGUCGGCUAACUAGGAUUUUACACAUAGAGUCAAAUGUACUGAAGGAGGCAAAACUGCUGUCCUCAUUCGCUACCUGUAGAGGGCGCUGUGACCCAAAACCUUCGGAAUUUAACCCCAGUGUUGACGUCCUUUGAACUCCCACAACUCUUUGACUGUUUACGCUGUUUCUGAAGCACAUAAAAGUAGCUUUGCGCCGAUUUGUAACUCUUUACAAUAGUUAAGUGUUUACAGAUGAAGACAAAACUUCUGUCUUCAUUUACUACCUGCAGGGGGCGCUGUGAUCCCUGAAUUUAACCCUUUAACAUUGAAGCUCCAACGUUGAUCUUUUUUUGAAAUAGCUUAAAUUUUCAAUCGGUUCCACAAUUAACGUAAUUCCGUCAAAUUCUGAAGCUAAGAAAAGUAGCUUUGCGCCGAUUCGUAACACUUUACAAUAGUUACUUAUUUACAAAAAUAAUCUGCUGAUUUUGUUGCGGAGAAAAGGAGCUUUGCGUCUUUAUCGGCUAAAUAGGAUUUUAUUCUUGGAAGUCAAAUGUACAGCCAGAAGCAAAACUGCUUUCUUCAUUUGCUACCAGCAGUGGGCGCUAUGACCCAACACUUUAAGAAUUUAACCCUUGCGUUGACGUUUAUCGAACUAGCAUAACUUUGUUUACGCAAUUUAUGUAAUUCCAGCAAAUUCUGAAGCUGAGAAAAGUAGCUCUGCUCUGAUAUGCAACACCUCAUUGUAGUUAAGUGUUUUUGCAAUCGACAUAAAUCUGCUGAUUCUUUUCUCCACAUUAGAAUCGGUUGGCAUCUGGUGGAAUUACGUUAAUUUCAUAAAUAAUUGAAGAAUUACAGUAGUUGAAUAAUUGGUGUUUUUUAGCUGCUGCCGGCGACAUCACCAGUGUUAAAGGGUUAACCACCACCCAUUCCUGUAGACCUUAAUGACCUGUGAAGUUGGUGGCAUUUACACAAAUCUGAAUGUAACAUCUCAGAAGUCCCGAUCCAACAAAGUAUUGUCAUUUCUGACCAUUCCAACCCGCUUAAAACCAGGAUUAUCCACUUUGAAGUUCAGCUCUGUAAUCACAGGUCAGUGUUGAAGCCAAAACUCUAAAACCACGAUCACAUCCGCAGGUACAUCUAAAAAACGUAUCAAACGUGAACACUUAUACAUUUUCUACCAGUUCAGUCUGAUUUCAUUAAAAGGUUUCUUAAAUUUCAUACCUGAGUGUAGAAUUUUUGCUUCCUCCAUCCAACUUUUGGAAGCUCCAAGCUACUGAAUCGCCAAUCAGAUGCACAAAUUCUAUAUAGAUGAUUGAAUUUUCUACCCUAAACCAUAAAAUGUCGGUUGACUCUUAAAUUCGAUAGAGUCUUCAAUCGUUUAGACGUUGAGCCAUGAAAAAACGAUUAAUUCAUGUUGCAAAUGCCAAAAUAAAAACCUCACUUACAUGGAAUAAAGUGUGUAAACUUCUGGUUGCAGCAGUGAUGAAAACUCCGACGCAACAUGAUGAGGCUGAAAUAAACUAGACGGAUCCCGUCUACAGAAACGUGCUUUUCCUAGUUCAUUCAGAGGGAUGUUCUCCUUCGUCGUGCAGAGGAGCCGCUCGCGUUGUCUUCGUUAGAGAAACGAAAGGACAAACCGCUGCUUUUUGCCAAGUUACCACAACUGUAGACCACUUAAGCAUCCUGCAAGAUGAGCAGUGAGCUAAAACAGAACCGGAACCGGCAAAGCGUUCAUCAGUCCAACCUCCUCUGUCCUCCUCCUCCUCCUCCUCCUCAUCCUCGUUUUGCUGCUUCAUUAGAGUGAAAGAAAAGGGUCUGAAAUAAAGCGAUACUCGGAGGAUGGCGAUCAUCCGCCCGGCGCAUCGCUUUUAUCA